UUGGUUGGGCCACGGGGCGGCGUUUACUGCAGCGUACUUCACAUUCAUUCGUAAAUGAGCCUCUGUGCGGGAGACCGAUAGCUGCUGCGGAGCGCUGUGAUUCGGGCUGACGGCGAGCUUUGCACUGUUGCACUUGUACCAUGGCAGCUGAGCUCUCCACCUCCAUAAAUAUUAAAGAGCCACGCUGGGAUCAGGGAACAUUUGUGGGGCGAGCAAAGCAUUUCUUCACCGUCACAGACCCCAGAAACAUCCUUCUGUCAAAUGAACAAUUAGAAAAAGCAUGUCAGAUUAUUCUGGAUUACAAGAAAGGGGUGGUAAAACCAGGUCUCACAGAAGAUGAGCUAUGGAGGGCAAAGUAUGUUUUUGACUCCGCAUUCCAUCCAGACACAGGCGAGAAAAUGCUCCUGAUCGGUCGCAUGUCUGCUCAGGUCCCCAUGAACAUGACCAUCACUGGAUGCAUGAUGACGUUUUACAGAACAACUCCAGCAGUUCUGUUUUGGCAGUGGAUCAACCAGUCUUUCAAUGCAAUCGUCAACUAUACCAACAGGAGCGGAGACGCCCCCAUCACAGUAAACCAGCUUGGCACAGCAUAUGUAUCAGCGACCACAGGAGCCGUGGCUACUGCUUUAGGACUAAAUGCAUUAGCAAAGCAUGUGUCUCCACUAAUAGGACGCUUUGUUCCUUUCGCUGCUGUAGCUGCUGCUAACUGUAUUAAUAUUCCACUCAUGAGACAACGGGAACUCAAACACGGCAUCCCAAUAACAGAUGAGAAUGACAAUCGGUUAGGAGAGUCUUCAAAGGCAGCUCAACAGGCCAUCACACAAGUGGUGGUUUCCAGAAUCCUCAUGGCCUCUCCGGGAAUGGCCAUCCCUCCCUUUUUAAUGAACUCUUUGGAAAAGAAGGCCUUCCUGAAGAGGUUUCCGUGGAUGAGUGCACCCAUUCAGGUUGGCUUGGUUGGGUUUUGCCUUGUGUUUGCAACCCCAUUGUGCUGUGCGCUGUUCCCACAAAAGAGCUCUAUGGCAGUGAGCCGACUGGAACCAGAGCUGCGGGAGAAGAUUCGAGCCAGUCAUCCUGGAGUAGAGACUGUCUACUUCAACAAAGGACUGUAAAGACAAGCGUCAGUGACUCUGCUCUCUACUGUAAUGGUUUCACGUACCAUCUUUGUGUGCCAAAGUUCACCCGUUCCUCUCCAGGACAUCCCAAUUCAGUCAUUUUGUAAGAUGUUUUUACAUUUAUGAUUUGUUUUAAUUGUUUUAAGCAAAUGCUGAUUUAUGCUGAUCUUUUGUCUGACGGUACAUACUACUGUUUUUAAUUUCUGAAAUAAUUUUGUUUGCUGCCAGAUUAUUCCAUGUGCCAUUCAAUGUUGUUUUCAGUAAGGAUCAAAGAUAGCUGGUGUUGACCUUGUUUUUCUUUUUGUUAGUCUGUAUUGCAUUGCUGUUUUCAGUAUUUCGUCUUCAUGACAUAUGCCGUUUAUAUGUUACUGCCAAAUUUCAUUUCAGUUUCGAGAAAAGUCAAGGGACCUCCUUAUGACAAUAGUGCAAUCCAUUGAAAAAGUUGCCAAAUACAAACCUCUGCUGCACAUUUCUUUCGAUGCAGGUUUAUUAAAUCGAUAAACUACAGCAUGGGUUUUAAAAAGAGUUUGAUCUAUUUUACUAUCCUCUGUAUUUGGGUUACACUAGGAUGUUAUUCAAGAAUAGUGUGUAUGUUCUUAUAUUUUCUUCUGCCUGUCGACGGUGCAUGAACAAACCUUUUUUGAAUGUGAAAAUAGUGUGAGGUUAAAGUUCAAACGUGUUCUCAUUGGCUGCUCCAAAGUCCACUCCUCCAGCAGUUCAAGGUAACACAUAGUUUCUCAAUAUAAACGUAUCAAACCUGCAUCUGUUUUGUGUUUAAUGAAAGGCCAUUUGCUUUAGUCUUUUCAUGUGCCAUAUUUUGUCAUGUUUAAGGUAACACACAGCGCUCUACAUGAAACCUACCAGAAUAACUAGAAUAAUCAAAGAGUAUAGCGGUUAAAAGCUAAUGGAAGGUAAUGUGUCUUUUAAAAAAAGGACCCAAGCCAAAUGUUUUUUGUCUUUUUUUUUUUUUAACUAGUGUGACUUUUCCUUUUAUUGCCUUUCCUUAAAUCCUGUUUCUGUUUGCAAUCUAUAGUACAUGACCAAAGUAUGUGGACUGUUCCUUUUUAUGAAUCAGUUUGGCUAUUUCAGUCAUUUAUGAUGACAAGUAUUAAUAAAGCUACAAAAAGAAAUUCUAUCUAGAGAUUGGUAUUUUAAAUGAAAUAGUUCCAUGUAUUUUUGGUUAUGUUAUGUAUUAUUGGAUUUAACGAUGUUAAUCUUUGUGAACUUUCCAUUGAAUUGAUUAAGUCUCCAUGUGUUGAGGUGUUUAAAUAUGUUUAAUGUGAACUAUGUAACCUACCAAGAGAGCGUAACAGCUCUCGGUUCGCUGUGUGUUGAGCGCUCUGAUCUUUGUUGAUGUGCCACAUUUGUUCAGUUCUUGAAUGUAGUGUUGGCAGUAAUGAAAUCAAACUGAGAGCAUGUACAUUUCUGUGGAUAUGUGGCUGGUUAUGUUUGUAGCCACUCAUUGUUAUUAACUGUGACAAAAGCACAACGGUCCUUGAUCUUCAAGAUUCCCUGAAGGUUUUCAGUGUUAUGUAUUAAUGAUAUCUGGUGGUUAGGAAACAGUUUUUGGUGUUUAUAAUUUGUUGAAUAUUAUUUUGUGGCAAGAUCAGGCCAGCAUCUUCAAUAUUCACAGGUCCUGGGACAGUAUUUAAAAAGAAAAUUAUUUGUCCCCGUCAAUGAAGGCCCUAAGUGCUCAGAUCUUUGAUAGUUCCUAUUCCAUUUGUAAUCUAUGAUACUUCCAGAGCUUGUAUAAAUGAAAUGAUUUCAUAACUGAUGUAAACGAGCAAAUGCUGGAUUGUUCAGGAGAAUCACAACAGUAUUGCAGCCACGAGGAUCUUUAGACCAGAAUUUACAGCACACCUGUUCUUUUUUUAUCUUUAUGAGGUGGCUGAUUUCAUUAAUUAUAUACUAAGUGAAAUGCAGUGUUUUCCUGGACAAGAAGACAUUCCCUUGUGCAUCGAACACAGCAUAAUACUGUUUGUUUCUUGAGCCCAUAUUACAUAAUCAAUAAUUCAAGACAUCUGCAUACUGGAAACAAAACGUGAAUACUCUGACAUGAACCCCGCUGAAAAAAAA